ACAAUCAAAUGUAACAUAUCGUCCUUUCAACACUGUUCAUUUACCUAAUCCUUCGUGAAAUGAUUGUGCACGAUUAAAAUAUAUGUGCGGGCAUGGACACUAUUUUGAACUACUCUUAAUGUAUAUAUUGGUCUGGAAUAUACAUGGUGUCAUAAUUUAAACCUGAGGUACAAAGUUCCGCAUUUGAGAAACCUUCUGUAACACGGAAGUCAUGGUGUUGCUCUGAGGUGAAUAACAGAUCCAAACCAACAGAGACUGGAUUUGAGGGGCAUGAGUGGUUUGGUCCGUCAAAUCAGAGUGGGGUUGGAGCCGAGCACCCCCUAUUUCCUGUGGGUAGACCGGGUUGAAGACCUGGGAUCUGGGUUCACCCUGGUCUUCAGCGAUGGCAGUUCGUGCUUUCUUGGAGAGGUAUCAGGGGAGGAUGUUACGCGGGAAGCGAAUGCAUUGGGAGUGAAAAGGGAGAUAUAUGUGGAAGAUCUUCAUCGGGUCUUUACCAUAGGAGGAGGAUCAGGAACAGAAGGAGGGCUUGAAAAGGAGCACAUGUUCCACCUCUCACCAGACAACAGUUGUCUGACAUACAAGAAGAGGACCCAGAAAGGCAUUUGGGUGAAUGUGUGUGCAGUGGACUUGCAUCCAGCCUCAGACCCUGUGGAGCUCAAUAGAGAGAUGAUACGUCGCAGUGUGGGGCAUGUCGCUGCCCUGGAGGAAGAGAACAGGCAUCUGCGGGAGGAGAACCAAACACUUGGGCUGGAGCAACAGAACCUCCUUGCAGAGCUGAAGCAUCAUGUAAAGGAGGUGAAGUCAAUGGAGAGAGACAUGUUCUCUCGCUUUGUCUUGGUGCUCAACGAGAAGAAGGCCAAGAUCAGGGGUCUGCAGGACACCAUCCGAAACCUCCAGAAGCCGUCCGAGGAACACCAUAGGUUUGACAGAGGGGUCUCAGGGGUAACUGUCAAGCCUCAAAAAGGUGACAGUAUGACGGAGGCGCAGGAGGAGGAACAGGAGGAGAAUCUGUCUCAAAGCUUCCACCCAUCUCAGGCCGCCACUGUGCUCAUCAGAGGUGUCUCCAGCCAGACAAGCUCAAUGGAGGAAGCUGAACGUGACAGCGAAGAUCUGUUUCCAAGCCGAAAGCGUCAGCUCUGUUAUCCUCACAGCCCUGGGUCAAAGGUCAAGAAGCCCUCUUCAGACCAGGAGUAAACUCCCAGGAGGACCUCAGGCCUAGGAACAAUGCCUCAAGACUACCUGGUGUGAUGACUCGAUCCUGGCCAUCUAGUUGUGUAGCAGAUGUAGAUUUUGCCUUUACAACUCCUACUGUUGCUUGGCCACAGCUCACCACUAUCCAACUUUUUUAUCCCACUUGUCUUCUGAAAGUCUAUAUUUUUUAUGAACAAUGAGACCUUAAUAGAUCAUGUACUCCUUCCUUUCUAUGGAGUUUUUCCUAGUGUCUUAUUUCUUGCUCUUUGGGAUUUUAGGCUGGGUGUCUGUUGGAGGACAUCACAACUGCUGAUGGGAAAAAUAUGUUUAUAAAAUAAAGUUAACUGAU